AUGGACGCAAUUCAGUUCAGAUCUGAGGAACAAAAAAUUGAGUGUGUUACGGUUCCAGUACCUGUGAUCACGCAUCCGAGGGAAGUUCUUGUUAAAGUUGCGUAUUCGGGAGUUUGUGGCACCGAUUUGCACAUUAUACACGGCGCAUUUCCCUGCAACCCACGUCCCUUAACCCUCGGCCACGAAUUCUCGGCCACCGUCGUCGACUACGGCCCCCUAGUCACCACCCUGUCCAAAGGCGACCACGUCAUAGUCGACCCUAAUAGCGCCUGCCACAAGUGCCACUUCUGCCACACCGGUAACCCCCACUUCUGCACCACCGGCGGCUUUUACGCCAACCUAGGGGUGAAAAACCAUGGUGGGUGGGGCGAAUACUGCCUAUGCUCCAUCGAACAAGUCUACAAGCUCCCCACCACCAUCUCCCUAAAAACGGCCGCUUUAGCCGAGCCUGUGUCUUGCAUCUCGCACGGUUGGGAUUUAGUGUCGCCCCUCCCACUAGGCGGAGAUGUCCUUGUAAUAGGGGCGGGGAUUAUCGGCACUCUGUGGGCGUGUUUGCUGCAUUUGCACGGCCACAGAAGAGUGACGGUGGUCGAACUAAACGCACGAAGAAGACAUUUGAUUGGGGGUUUGAUGGGUGAGAUGGGGUAUGACGUGGUGGCACCAGAAGACGUGAAAAUGGAUGGAGGAGGGUUUGAUUUGGUGGUGGAUUGUUCGGGGUACGGGCCUGCUGUGGAAAAAGGGGUUGAGUUGUUGAAGAGUGGCGGGAAAAUUUGUAUGUUCGGGGUGGCGCCACCUGGAGUGAAAAUUUCGGUCUCCCCGUAUAUGAUUUAUAUGAAAGAAUUGACUCUACUGAGUGUUAAAGUUAAUCCGUUCAGUUUUACUAAAGCGGUGGCUUUGGUGGAAGCUAUGGCCGACAAAUAUCUCGACUACGAUAAGUUAGGGAUUAAGGUGUUCAAGUUAAGGGAGUUUCAAGAGGCACUUAAGGCUCUCAAAAAUGGCGAUAUUACGAAGGCGAUUUUCGAGGUUUAGUUCGUGCUUGUAAAGUUGUAAAACAAUAAAUGGUGAUUUUGAUAACAA